ACUCAUUUUAGGUAUUCAUCAUGAUCAUGGCAAAGGGAGGAUUCUACAUCAUGAAAAUCGCUUAGGAAUCACUUUGGAAACGUUGGUCUUAUCACAAUCCUGCUUACAGGAUAUCCUGUGAUAUGUGUAAUGAGAAUUAGGGCAUAUCUGUGAAAAUUAAUAUUGAUUGGUUAAUUAUGUCACUCAAGACGGAGAUAAACACAGGAGUACAUGAUUUUCGUUUUCAUAGUUGUGUUUCAUGGAGAGUCAACAUCGGGGAUCAUUUCAGGUGAAUAAUGUUGAUAUAUCUUCGGGAAAAUACUACUUCCAACUCGGGUUCUGUGAUAGCAAGGGGUCGUAACUCCUUGAUGAUAGAAUGCACAGGCCUUCGGUUUGAUCACGCAAUGGUUUACGAAGCUGUUCCGAAGUUCAUGGUGUUGUCUUCAAGAAGGUGUGGGUGACUUGCCUCCGAUGUUUAUGCCAGAUACUCGUCAGACUCGAUAUCGAGGUCGAUAGCAAAAGGUCAGCUAUCCGUGGGCAGAGUGGUCCUAUACUGUGUGGAAGUGAUUAUCUCGAAGUUUAGGGGAUCUUAAUUGCGUUAUCUAUCACAUCCAUCUAUGAUUAACGAGACAAAUAAACAGAAUUGCCACCUCUAAUUAACACCGUGGAUUAACAUCGGACUGAAUUCGUUUCUAUCGUAUCGAAGCAUUGAGGAAAGAUUGAUCAACAUGGAAAUUCGAUCGUGAGGUCUUCUUCAGUUGGAACAUUUUGACUGGAUAGAAAUAGCAUCUUCCUGUUGAAUACAGUUCCCUUUAGAAGACGCCAAGCAUGCAUGAAGCUUGAUAUUCAGUGAUGGAAGCCGAAACGUCUACUUUGGCGGGAAUAACCACACCUGGAUCUGACACGAGACCUGAUGAGGACACUGGUGUAACUGCCGUUAGAAUCGUCUUAAUGUGCUUGUUAUACAUUCCUUUAGCGGUUAUAACUGUUCUUGGAAAUGCUUUCGUUUUUGCAGCAUACAGACGAGAUAAGAGAAUACGAAGCAAGAAGACAAAUAUGUUUAUUCUCAACCUGGCCAUUGCCGAUCUUCUCGUUGGCAUCAUCAUGUUCAUUCACAUCCCCCAUUACCUCACGGAUAAGUGGCUCCUGGGAAGGGAGUUCUGUAUCAUUAUUUGGGCCAUCGAUUUCAUCUCAACCGAUAUGUCCGUCAUCACCAUCAUCGCAAUCAGCAUCGACCGGUACCUCAUGGUGAGCGAUACAAUUAAAUACCAGCGUCAUCAGUCCCGGAAACGCAUCGUCCUCAUCUUCAUCGUUGUCUGGUUCUUCUGCAGUCUCGUACAUACCAGUCUUGCCUUCAUCUAUUCCGCAUGGACGGACUACAAGUACCUCGAGUAUCAGACCUGUAAUUUGGAAUACCGUCGUGAAAAGGCUCUGGUUAUUUCGAUGUUCAUCAUCGAGUUUGUGUUGCCCGUGACGUGUCUGUUUCUUUUGAACUUGAAAGUGUUUACUAAAAUACAGGAGCGGAGGGGAAGCAAGAUACAAUUAAAAAGGCGCAAAGGUGAGGAUCGGAACUCCAAUACCGUCUCCGGACGGGUUAGCACAAAACAUGCAAAUGGCCAAAAGAAAACCCCUGGACUCCACUCGAUUGAUGAAGACAUUGUGCUUACGAGUGUCGAUGGUGAAGCUGCUUUUGAAGCAUCAGAAGACAGUAGAGGAUUUCCUGGACCAAGUGCUCCGAUGGUUGGUGCCCUUCAAGAAGGACAAAUCUUGAGGAAAGCUUCCAGCGCUGUGAUGCGCGUCCAUCGUAUGACAUCAUCAGGUCGGGGUACUCAGAAAGCCGCCAAACUUCUCACAACCCUCCUCGUAGUCUUCAUCUUAUGCUGGCUCCCCUACUACAUCAACGACUGCUAUGUCCUCAUACAUGGUGAAGCUAACCGUCAGGUGACGGAGGCAGUGACGUUCAUCCUAUGGGCGAACUCCGCCGUCAAUCCCAUGUUGUAUGCAUGCGCCAACAUUCAUUACAGGGAGAAUUUCUUUUACUUUUUGCACAUCAGAAAGAGGCCGAUGAACAAGAUGAAUAAUCGGCGGUAACUGAAGGUGAUGCCGUGGUAACCGGCCUAUGUGCAGUCGAUGCUUCUUAUGCUGCAAAGGACCACUGCAUUUGACAUAAUUUUUACACAGUGCAGAUGUUUUUUGAUAAAUUUAAACCUGUAAAUAGCUCUUUUCACGAUUUAUUACAACUGAUCGUGUCUGCUGAAAUAUAUAUUAUUUCAGCAGAUAUAUUAUAUUCGUUUAACUGAUAAUGCGUUCAUUUUGCCAUUUCUCGUCACCAUUAAGCAAAAGCAUGGACCUUACAACGAAUUGGCCGAGAACGAAGGGGGGCAGGCGACAAUUGUAUUAUGCCCUCGUCGAGUGCAUUUCCCUCACACCUUUCCCCCAUAUUUACAUAAUUCCCAAUUUUAAGGCAACAAAAGCGAAUGUUCUUUUAUCCACUGACGAUUACCGCUGCUCAUGCAGCCUUUUGUAUGUGAAAAGGGUGGUUUAUAGGAACCCAGCAGACGACGUUUUUGGAAUGCCAAUGAGCAAACAUAAUCUCUUUAUGCUUAGCAAUUUGACUUUCGAUCGAAUCUGCGGUCUUUAUUCAAAGAUUCCAAUAUUCAUCACUUACCUCUUCAUGUUUUAAAAAAGUAGGUCAAAAUGUUAUUAGUUUGGUAUAUUAUUUUUAUGUUUUUAAUGCAUUAUAAUUGCAGUACUUUUUUCCAAAUUUUUUAGAUUGAAAUUUUCGACUUCAUGAUGGGUAAAAUGAUCACUGGAGCCUUGUCAAGCUUAAAUUCGAUGUAUGCAUUUGUGUUGAUUAUCUUUAUAUUGAUACAAUAAUCAUCUCCCCAAAUGUGUCCAAUAAUGCUUGUCCACUCCAUGUUUUUUUAUAAUUUCUUUCAAGAAAUAGCCCCUUUUUUCGCAUCGUUACUAAGUUACUUCCGUUAUUUAUAUGCGCAAAAUUUCUGAAAUUGCGGUGUUGAUUUUAUGUUGUUGUUGUAUUUACUUUUUUUUUUUUUGGGGGGGAGCAUCAAAAUUAUUGAUAUUAUUCAACUGACACAUGAUCAGUCAUGCUUAUACCUCAGUCACAUUUGCUCUACGGCGACCGUACGGCGAGUCGAAAGCAGCUGUUUUAUUCAUUUUUUCAUCAAACCACCUAUAUGAAGCUGGUAUAAAAAAAAAAGGUUAAAACGGCUGUUUUCGACCCGCCGUUCGAUUGCCGUA